CCAUCAACUAAAGUCUCGAAAAUACCGAUUGUAGAUUAUUAUAUUAUUAAUUAAGUAUGAUUGGAUUUUUUAGUUGACUGACUUCUAUGUUAAGUAUAAGUUUUGAUAAAUUUUGGUAUUGUGAAGUGUUAUAAGACUUUAGUAGUUAUAGCAUAAUUUUUAUAUACAAAAAUUGUACUGAAUAACCGAUUUUGUGUGACAUUUUUGCCGCUCUGUCUGUUCAUUAGCUUAAUAGGAAAACGAAAUCAAGAUGAUGUAUACGGGCACAACUACCCAACAGGAUACAAGAUUCAGUGACAAGGAGAAGAAACUUAUGAAGCAAAUGAAAUUUGGGGAUUGCUUGAGUCAAAGGGUUGAUAUGAGUAAAGUAAAACUUGAUGUUUUACGUCCCUGGAUAACGCAAAAAAUUACUGAUCUGCUUCACAUUGAAGAUGAUGUUGUUGUGGAGUUUGUGUACAAUCAAUUAGAUGUGCAAUUUCCUUGUCCUAAAAAAAUGCAAAUUAACAUGACGGGUUUCUUAAAUGGAAAAAAUGCUCGACAAUUUAUGGAUGAGUUGUGGGCCCUAUUACUUUCUGCUCAAGACACGGAAUCUGGGAUUCCAGUAGAAUUUUUAGAUCAAAAAAAGGAAGAAAUUAAGAAAAGAAUGGAAGAUCAAGAGAAGUCGCUGAAUAAAGAUAAAGAUGAAGAACGAGAUCGGACUGAUAAUGAAAAUGAUAACAAAAACUUUAAUGAUGACAAGCUCAAAGAUAAAGAUAAUGACAAAUUAAAAGAUAAUGAUGCCGUUAAAUCACGUGAGCAAUCACGCGAACGUGAUAAAACUCGUGUGCGAUCUCGGGAGAGACACAGAUCGCGCGACAGGGACAGAUCGCGCGACAGGGACAGAUCGCGCGACAGGGACAGAUCGCGCGACAGGGACAGAUCGCGCGACAGGGACAGAUCGCGCGACAGAGGCAGGUCGCGCGACCGAAAUCAUCGGGGGAGAUCUCGUCACAGGGACAGGUCAAGAGAUAGAAGUGAUCGGAAUAGGGAUAGAAGGCGAGACAAAAGUAGAGAAAGGCGGCAUAGUGUUUCCCGUGAUCGUCAUUCUCGAGAUACUCGAGACAAAAAACGUUCUCGCUCGCGUUCGCAUUCUAAAGGGAAACGUAAAGAUAAAAUUAAUCAUAAAAAAGAUCUAGUCAACAAUGUUGAUAAAACAAAAUUGUCUAAACCUACGACAGAUAUUAAUGGUGAAAAAAAUCGUAUUGAUGAUAAAGAGGGAAUAUUAAAUGAUCCUGUUUUAGUCGACGAGAAGCAGGAUAAGAAAAUUUCUACUGAAAAAAACGAUAUGACGCGUCACGCUUUGAAUAGUGGUGAUGCUGUUAGUAAUGAAAAUCACAAAAUGACUGAAAGAAUGGAGGACACGGAUUCCAUGUCAAAGCUUCAGGCAAAAUUACUUAAUAUGGCGUCAGGAGGAAGAACUAAGUCUAGAAGUCGAUCUAUAUCCAAGGAUAGUUCUAGCAAGUCCAGCAGUCAAUCAAAAUCUCGUUCAAGAUCACCAGUUGUUUCUAAACCUAGGAGAUCAACCUCUAAAUCUGACUCUUCAAGUAUAGCUUCUAAAGGAAAUCUGAGAAAAGCUCAGUCAAGUUCUUCCAGCAGCAGUGAAAGUGAAGAUUUUGAUAUAAAAAAGAAAAAUGACAGCAUUCAAAAAAAGAGGCAUUACAGAUGCAAUAAAAAUAGUUCUUCCAGUGAAAGUGAUGUUGCCGACAAAAAACGGCGUAGAUCUAGAAAUAGAGAUUGGUAUAACAGCCGCCGUGAUUCACGGGAUAGAAGUCCACGACGCACAGCAGCACGGGGGACGUACGAUACAACUCGACGAGGAGACUAUCGGUCACGUUUUAGUACGCGAGACAGAGAUUAUGUAAGAGGACGUGAGGCGCGAUUUGAGAGAUCUCGUCUUUCAUCCCGUGAAAAAGAACGCGACCGAGAUCGCGAACGUGAACGUGAACGUGAACGAGAGCGAGAACGUGAUCGAGAACAGCGUGAAAGGGAUCGCGAGAGAGAGCGGGAACGUGAACGGGAGCGGGAGCGAGAACGGGAAAAAGAAAGAGAGCAACGAGAUCGUGAAAGGGAGCGGGAACGUGAACGCGAUCGCGAUAGAAAUAGGAAUAGUGUCAAAAGCAAGGUUAGGAAGGAUAAUUCAAGAGAGCGUGAUAGUUCCCAAAAUGAUAAGAACAGGAAACAAGCCAUUUCUCCAAAGCGUGGUGAAGGAAUUGAUAAUAGAAGUAGAGAAAAAGUUAAACAAAUCAAGUCGCCUGAAAAGUACUAUAAUAAGACAAUAAGAGAUAAACCAGAAGAUACUACUGGAGCUAAAUUGAAAAUAUCUAAGGAUCGGGGAAGUAUUCACAACAAAGUAAGGUCCAUUGAUAUGAUGGAAACAAAGAAGAUCAAAGACAGGAAAUCAUCUGAAAGUUCUAGCAAAGAUCAAUCAAUGAGUGAGAAAAGUGGUAAUUUGGAAUACAAGAAAAUUUCCACUGCAAGCAAAUCAAAUAAAAAAGAACCUAGUGAAAUUGAUAAAGUCAUAGGGCAUAAUUAUGAAAAGCCAAAGAAAUUAGAUGCUGUAAAGAAAGUUAGUGGUGAUAAACCUCUCUAUUUGCGUAGCUUGUCGAGGACUCCAUCUCCAUUUUUAAAACUGUAUGAAUUUGGAGACAAAUCUAAAUUCAAUGAUAAAAAACAGAAUAAUAAACUUUAUAAAAAUAAUAGUAUAAAGGCUGUGAAAGCAAUGAAUAGUUCAACGAAUUCUACAGAUAGUGAUAGUGAUGAUGAUGAUAAACCUGUUAGUGAACGAUCCAGAAGAAAAGCAACUCGUAAAAGACCACGUAAACCUGCUUCCUCAUCUGAUGAAUCAUCAUCAGAUGAUAGUGAUUCAUCACAUAUUCAUUCACAAAAGAUAAAAUUAAAUAAAAAGAAAUACAAUAUAAAAGAUUCUGUAUCAGAUUCAGAUGACCAUUCAAAAAGUGCAAAGAAAAAGAGAUUGAGUAAAGUAGUACCUCAAACAAAGAAUCGUUGCACCGAGAGUGUGGAUAAUAAGAUAAAACCAAAAGAAGUUUCUCAAAAAGAAAGUCGAAAGCAUUCUCCAGUUAGAAAUAUGAAACCACAAACAAAAUCGGAUGCAAGUGAUGAUGAGAGUAUUUCUAAAGCACAAGGAAAGGAUGUAACAUCAAGCAGCAGCUCAAGUGAACCUGAAGUAAAAUCUAAACGUGAAAAAAUUAAAAUACUAAAAAUGAAAAGAUCAAAACUUGAUGUUGAAAAAUCAAAAUGCAAAAAGUCUGGAGAUACUUCUGAGGAGGAUAGCGAAUUAGUGGAACCUAAGAAAAGACGUAAGAAGGAUAUAAAACCUAAAGCUUCAUCACCUAGUUCAAGUAAUUCUGAAGCAGAUAGUAAGAAAACAAAGAAGCUUCAUAAAAAACAUAAGAAACAUUCAAAAAAACAUAAGAAACACAAAAAACACAAGAAAAUCAAGGAUAAGAAAGAUCUAAAAGAGAGCAGUGCAUCAGAAGCUGAAGUAUUAGCAGAAUCCUCUGUAAAUAACGAUGAUCUUGAGAAAAGGUUACGCGAGCGAGCCUUGAAGUCAAUGAAAAAACAAAGUUGUAGCAAUUCCGAAUAACAGUUUGGAUAUACAUGUGAAAUGUCUUAAAAAAUAAAUUCGAAAUAAAAACACAUUGUAGAAGUGAUCGAACUAAAAUAUAUUUGUCCUCUUAUAA